UUCAGAAAAAAAUCGUGUUAUCUCUUAUCAUUAAAGUGGUCACUUAAUUACUAACAGCGUAAUAUGUUUAUUAAGAGCAUCGCUUAUUAAUAAUGUAAAAGUCGACGUUGUUAGUGGAAGCAGGCAGUUAGUCAGAAGUGGUUACUCGCAGUGUAUGUUGGUUAGCAUUUCGGUAGUUAUAGACAUACGUAUUCUACUUACUUAUUAGAAAUGCCCGAAAUAUCGCAGGAUAAGUUCGAAUCCGAAAAUCCUGCAAUGGCCAUGCACACGGGCGCAAUUACAAGUUUUGAUUCAAUACGAGGUAGGACUAAUUCGACCGAGAAAGGUGCUCUCGCUCUUAGAAGUAGGGCAAACUCAUCUGGGCGUUUGAAAAAUGUUAGUUUUCCGCCCAAAAUUCAAAGACUUUCCAGUUGUGUUUCGGAAAAUGACUUUGAAAGUUACAUGGAAGGUAUACACAUGCAGGAGCCCAGCUGGGUGGACGACAGAGAGUUAGCUCACAGGAUCUUUGUGAACCGAAGUUUGCAUCUAGAAAAUAUCAAGUUCUAUGGCUUCGAUAUGGAUUACACCUUGGCAGGUAAGGCAGCAGAGUUAACACAGAUAUUUUCGUUGUCAUAAUUAUGAUACAAAUUG